UAAUCGAUUCCAUUCCCAGAAACGCAUUUCUCUACGCUCCCAGCGCCUAUAUAAACCGGCGCCGGCGGCUUCUCUGCCCCUUCCACAGAAAACCCUGUCCAUUAACCUGAAACUUCCCCACCCCGUUGUCCUCUGCUAAUGGCGCAGAAGAUCGUGAUCAGGGUGCAGAUGACUUGCGACAAGUGCCGGUCCAAAGCGAUGGCGCUGGUGGCGGCGUUCGUGGGCGUGAACUCGGUGUCCCUCGCCGGGGACGACAAGGACCAGGUGGUGGUGGUCGGCGACGGCGUCGACUCCGUCAAACUUACCAGCGCCCUGCGCAAGAAGGUCGGCCCCGCGGAGCUGUUGCAGGUCGGGGACACCAAGAAGGAGGAGCCGGAGAAGGUGAAGAACCCGGAAGGCACCACCGUGGUCGAGUACACGCCCUACCCGUGGCAAUGUUACCACCCGUACCCGUCGCAGCCGGUGCCGGUCUGUGAGUACCCCGCCGGCACCGCCUACGGCUAUCACUCCCGGCCGGGCACCUGCUCCAUAAUGUAGACACUCAUGUAGAUACACACCACCACAGAGGCCGGGAGGAGAAAUAUACUUUUAUUUUAUAUGAUUUCUUCAGGGUAUAAUUAACUUUGGUAUAGGAUUGCAAAUGCCAAAAGUGUGAGCUGUGUUGUGAUAAUAGGGUAUAUUGAAGUUUCUUUGAUUA